GCUUCCUAACCAUGGUAAUACGUUUUCGGAGUUGUGUACUGUUUGAAAAUUGAAUGGAACAUAAAAUAAACGAAACAUGUCGAAACUCUUUGUUCUAUUCGAGCAUGCUGCCGGCUAUGCUGCUUUCUCUGUCAGAGAAUUCGAAGAGGUAGGAAUGCUAUUGCCUCAGGUUGAAGCAUCUGUUACAGACCUGUCACGUUUUAAUUCAGUUGUGAAACUCAUUGCAUUCUCACCUUUCAAAACUGCUUUAGCAGCUUUAGAAAGUAUAAACAGCAUUUCUGAAGGAAUUACUCCUGAAGAUUUACAGUUAUUUUUGGAUUCCUGUAUACCAAAGGCCAAAAAGAAGGAAAAGGUAGUCCUAGGUGUGUCAGAUCCAAAACUUGGAGCUAGUAUCACUGAAACUUUGGGUAUAAAAUGUGAUCAUACCGGUGUUGUACCAGAACUCAUUAGAGGAAUCAGAUUUCAUUUCCAUAGUUUGAUAAAAGGGUUCACCGCUAAAAGUUCUGGUGUCGCACAACUUGGUCUUGGCCAUAGUUAUUCUAGAGCUAAAGUUAAGUUUAAUGUUCAUCGUGUCGAUAAUAUGAUUAUACAAAGCAUAGCUUUGUUGGAUCAGUUGGAUAAAGAUAUAAAUACAUUUAGUAUGCGUAUAAGAGAAUGGUACAGCUACCACUUUCCAGAACUUGUGAAGAUAGUUCCUGAAAAUUAUAUGUAUGCCAAAGUUACACAGUUAAUAAAAAAUAGAAAAGAACUUACAGAAGAAAAAUUAGAAGCCUUGGAAGAAGUUCUUAUGGACAGUGCUAAAGCUCAAGCAAUCAUUGAUGCAUCAAAGUCAUCCAUGGGAAUGGAUAUUAGUCCUGUUGAUCUCCUUAAUAUCGAAAUGUUUGCAGCGCGUGUUAUUGCUUUGGCCGAUUACAGAAAACAAUUGUCAGAAUAUUUGAGAUCUAAAAUGGCUGGAGUAGCUCCAAACCUAGCUACACUGAUAGGUGACCAAGUAGGGGCCAGAUUAAUAGCACAUGCUGGAUCUCUUACAAACUUAGCAAAAUACCCUGCCUCUACUGUACAAAUAUUGGGUGCAGAAAAAGCUUUGUUCAGAGCAUUGAAAACAAAGGGUAACACUCCAAAAUAUGGAUUACUGUUUCAUUCAACUUUCAUUGGUCGUGCAGGUACAAAAAAUAAAGGUAGAAUUUCAAGGUAUCUUGCAAAUAAAUGUUCCAUAGCGUCAAGAAUUGAUUGUUUUACUGAUAUACCAACAAAAGUAUUCGGUGAAAAGUUAAGGCAACAAGUAGAAGAUAGGUUGAAAUUUUAUGAAACUGGAGAAAUACCUAAGAAAAAUAUUGACGUUAUGAAAGAAGCAGUAGAGGAAGCAGCACAAGUAAUAGCAAGUAUGGAAACAGAAACACCUAAGAAGAAGAAGAAAAAAGAUAAGAAACGAAAAAGUGAAGUUCUAGAAAAUGGAACUCAAAAUGGAACAGAAAAUGGAGAUGAAAAUAGUUUCGUUGAAAAUGGUGUAGAAAAUGAAACUGAAGAACCAGUAAAGAAGAAGAAGAAAAAGAAAAAGUCAAAAAGUUUAGGCGAAGCCGAAUGA